GUUCCCUUCCCACUGCACGCACGCAGUCUCCUCUUCACUCUCUGAUUCCCAAAUUCUUCCCCCCCUUGCUUGAGGAACCAUCGUUAAUCUGGGAUGACACCAUCACACAGAAACAUGGCUGAGCAUGUGGAGCGCACAUCUGAAAAUUUUUUGAACAACAUAAUGGAAAAGAUAGCUGAUACUGUACCCAAGCAGAAGUCUGUAAGAUUCUUUGAAGAACCAAAUUCAGUCUCAGCACAGAUGGAUAGGUUGUUCGGACGCCAGAACUCUGUUCACAAGAUCUUGGGAGGUGGAAAAUCUGCUGAUGUGUUGUUAUGGCGGAACAAUAAGAUAUCAUCAAGUGUCUUGACUGUUGCAACAGCUAUCUGGAUUCUCUUUGAGUGGUUGAAUUAUCACUUUUUGACUCUCUUGGCCUUUGCACUUGUCAUUGGAAUGCUUAUUCAGUUUGUUUGGUCAAAUGCUUCUAGAGUAUUAAACAGAUCUCCACCUCAAGUACCUCGGCUUGUUUUGCCCGAUGAUCUUUUUGCAAAUGUUGCUCUUUCUCUUGGUGCCCAAGUUAAUCAUUUUUUGCGAUUCAUUCAAGAUGUUUCAUGUGGAGGAAACUUGAAACAGUUUCUUAUGGUUGUAGCAAGCCUGGGGGCUACUGCUUUGAUCGGAAGUUGGUGCAAUUUUCUCACCAUCAUUUAUAUUGGGUUUGUCUGUGCUCACACACUGCCUGUGCUUUAUGAGAAAAAUGAAAACCAAGUUGAUGGCUUCCUUGACAAGCUCUUCGGGCAGAUGCAGAGCCAGUAUCGCAAGCUGGAUGGGAGUCUACUAAGCAAGAUUCCAAAGGGAAAUCUCAAGUUUAAGAAGAAUGAAUAGAUCUCUUUACUUGAACAUGCAUGUCCGAUUGCUUUUUUGUAAUUGAAGGUGGAAUUACCUUCAUAAUGUAAAAAUCAUCGAGAUUCUGAUGAAAUUUCAGUAGAACAACCUAUAAUUGAGGUGUCGAACUUUACGUGUGUUCUUCCUAUAAUAAUAAAAGAGAUUUAAUUGUA